AUGUCCUUAGCUCCAACCUACACAGGCUACAUUGGCUCCACCAGAGAUGCUGUUCUAGUUAUCCAAGGCGUGCUUUCCAAAGAGUUUACUGUUGUUCACCGCAGACCCCAUAGCAGAGAAAGGGCCGACCUAAUCAAGCUGGGAAACGUAUUUGUAUUUAUUGAAGAGCUGCUGGGCAUCAAGCGCUGGACCGAUGGUAUUGCCUGGUCUCCUUCUCGUAUCUUGGGCAGGUUCCUUGUCUACAGAGAAUUGGAUAAGUCCCUUCAUGGCGACGAGAAGAGAAGAAGAAAACGCAACUCUGAACCCUCGGUGCUGCUGCGCAGCCUGGCUUCCGACUCUCUGGACCGUCAGAGCCUGAUUCUGGACCAGACGUACACUUAUCAACAGCAGCAUUUCAACCCACAGCUCCCAAUGGUGAACCAGCAGUUGACCCUGCCGCUCCAGUACUCCAAGGACGUGCUGGCGCCUCGGUUUGCCAAGGAGGACCACGGUCUUAUCAAGAAAACACUUUCUGUAACCACUACAGUCAAGGACAGCGACAGUAAAGAGGAAAAGCAAACCGUGCACCUCAUUUCCUACUAUUCAGCCUACGACGUGCUUCUGGGCCGCUUGACCCGUCCAUCCCAGAGCAACUUGCAAUACAUGCCUGUGGCCCCUAAUCUUUGGGAAGCGAUUCAGAAACUGUCGUUGGGCGGAAAAAUCCCCAUUGAGGACGAGGCCCAUUACUUCUUGGACUCCAACUACCAGCUUCAAAACAUGCUGGUCCUCAUGACCGGUAAACCAGAACCACGCAAGCAAAUGGGAGCCCUGCCUCGUCUCCAAGCACCCAAUGGUUCCAAACGCCAAUUAUUCCAACAGCCCUAUUCCCAGCCACUUUCCGUUAAUUACGCCCUGCCGUAUCCAGUCAACAAGGUUUCGUCAGUUCUCCCCAGUCACUACCACCAAGAAAUGCCCCAGUAUGGCCGCUUGGGCCACCCAGUCAAGGGAGAGAAAAAGGAUGACGAAAACUACGAUCUCCAUUUAUCAGCGAACCCCAAUCACCCAAUCACUGGUCACUUCCCAGACCCAACAGAGAAGCAACAACCUGUCCAGCCACCCCAAGCCCAUGCCCAUUCGCUGAUUCACGCUCAGCAGCAUCCUCUGGUACCUCCUAUUCAAAUGCCCCAGCCUGACCAACAACCUCCUUUUCAACAAUCAGACCAGGGCCAAGGUCAAGGUCAAGGCAUGUAUUUUGGCGGCUACUCUCAUCAAAUGCCUUACCAGUACUACAACACUGGGCCAGGGCUUUUGAACCCAGCGGCUAGCGGCGACCAGUACUCCCUAGGGAACCCUCCAGGUCCACCUACCAAUACUGGACAGCCCUUGCCGCCAUACCAGGCGCCUUUCUACAACUCGGGCUACUCGUAUACGGUGCCUCCCAUGCAACAGCAGCCUUCCGAGGCCCGGCAUGUUCCUAGCGCCCGGAUCAGGCCCGAAGUGUCGGAAAUCUACCAGCCUGUGGACGAACAAUAUAGUUACACACCGUGGAAGGAAACUUUAUAG